GCGUCAGUUAGCUCUGUUGUUUUGUCGUGAAGCUGGUUUAAUACAAACUGUUAGAAAUGUUGUUUCUGUAAAUAGAGAAAUACAGUUUUUGAAUCAGGUCAGUAAAUACCUGUAAUAUUCUCAUCCUCACAGUUGUGACUAAAUUUUGAAUCAAGCAGGAAUAAUAUCUGGAGGAGUGUCAUCUGAACUGAGAUCUGCUGCUGUGAAGAUGGAGUUUGUUAAAGAGGAGAGUGAAGAGAACACAAGUGAACCAGAAACCUGGAGAAUAAAACAAGAGGAACCAGAAACUUGCAGAAUAAGACACGAGGAACAAGGAGGCCUGAUGAAAAUGAAAGAAGAAAAACGAGAUCUGAAAGAGGUGGAGGAGAAAUAUCAGGAUCAGAAAUGUCAUGGUGUUAAUGAAGAAAAAUCUGUGAAUUGCAGCAUUAAAACAAGAGAAGUCAAGAGGCCUUUCAGCUGCUCUCAGUGUGGAAAGAGUUUUACAAUGAAAACAAGCCUUAAUAGGCACAUGUUAAUUCAUGCUGGGAUGAAAUCUUUCAGCUGCUCUCAGUGUGGAAAGAGUUUUACACAGAAAGCACACCUUAAGAAGCAUUUGGUAUCUCACACUUCAGAAAAACCUUUCGGCUGCUCUCAGUGUGGAAACACUUUCUCAUGUAAAGCAAGCCUUAAUAGGCACAUGUUAAUUCAUGCUGGAAUAAAGUCUUUCAGCUGCUCUCAGUGUGGAAAGGGUUUUACACAGAAAGCACACCUUAAGAGUCAUUUGGUAACUCACACUUCAGAAAAACCCUUUGGCUGCUCUCAGUGUGGAAACACUUUCUGGUGUAUAGGAAGCCUUAAGAAGCACAUGUUAAUUCAUGCUGGGAUAAAGCCGUUCUCCUGCUCUCAGUGUGGAAAGUGUUUUAGAAAGAAAUCAUGCCUUAAUAGGCACAUUUUAAUUCAUACUGGAAUAAAGCCUUUCAGCUGCUCUCAGUGUGGAAAGAGUUUUACACUGAAAGCACACCUUAAGAAGCAUUUGGUAUCUCACACUUCAGAAAAAUCCUUUGGCUGCUCUCAGUGUGGAAACACGUUCUGGUGUAAAGAAAGCCUUAGGAAGCACAUGUUAAUUCAUGCUGAGAUAAAGCCGUUCUCCUGCUCUCAGUGUGGAAAGUGUUUUAGAAAGAAAUCAUGCCUUAAUAGGCACAUGUUAAUUCAUGCUGGAAUAAAGUCUUUCAGUUGCGCUCAGUGUGGAAAGGGUUUUACACAGAAAGCACACCUUAAGAAGCAUUUGGUAUCUCACACUUCAGAAAAACCCUUUGGCUGCUCUCAGUGUGGAAACACUUUCUGGUGUAAAGAAAGCCUUAGGAAGCACAUGUUAAUUCAUACUGGGAUGAAGCCGUUCUCCUGCUCUCAGUGUGGAAAGUGUUUUAGAAAGAAUUCAUACCUUAAUAGACACAUGUUAGUUCAUGCUGGAAUAAAGUCUUUCAGCUGCACUCAGUGUGGAAAGGGUUUUACACAGAAAGCACACCUUAAGAAGCAUUUGGUAUCUCACACUUCAGAAAAACCCUUUGGCUGCUCUCAGUGUGGAAACACUUUCUGGUGUAAAGAAAGCCUUAGGAAGCACAUGUUAAUUCAUGCUGAGAUAAAGCCGUUCUCCUGCUCUCAGUGUGGAAAGUGUUUUAGAAAGAAAUCAUGCCUUAAUAGGCACAUGUUAAUUCAUGCUGGAAUAAAGUCUUUCAGCUGCACUCAGUGUGGAAAGGGUUUUACACAGAAAGCACACCUUAAGAAGCAUUUGGUAUCUCACACUUCAGAAAAACCCUUUGGCUGCUCUCAGUGUUGAAACACUUAGCCUCUUUCAUAAUGCCAUUGCAGCAAAUACACGGGUAAAGUGUUCUGGCAAUUAUUCCCGGGUUGCUAGAUUUUGCAUUGCCAGUGAUUACCCAAGAUAUGUGCAUGCUUUCACACACCCGUAAAGAUCCCGUAACGACACGUGACAUCAGUGACAUAAUGUACGAGUCGAAAAUGUUAGGCACGUUAUACUUUCACUGAAGCAAGUGAACGAUCUCGACAUUAGCGCGAAAAGUGAGGAACUAACUGAUUUCUGCUUCAUUACAGUUUGCAUAUAUUUUUUUGUUGCAAACGUUGAUCUUUCUUCAAAACAGCCGGCAAAAGAGUCGCGCGAUAACGUGCGUCAUCACUUCGACACGGCAUUAGAUCUGGCUUUUCACCUGUAAAGCAAGCUAUGAGAAACACAUGAGCCCCUUUCACACUGCACGUCGGACCCGCAAUAUUUCCGGAACAUUGCCGGGUUGCCUUCUGUGUGAAAGCAACCACGUCCCAGAAUUGAUUACCGAAUUGAACCCAGGUCG